CCAGAUUUGCCCCGAUUCUGCCUGUAUCUAUGUUCAUUUUGGCAAAGCUAAAGGACACAGUAGUUAUCCACCCGAAAUACUUUGGUACUGAUCUGAAGGAAACCAUCGAACACGAGCUAAAUGCGCGGUUCGCGAACAAGCUUGUGUACAAAGUUGGAUUGUGCAUUUCGCUGUGGGACCUAGUGGAAGUUCAAGAAAGCUUCAUAUCUGAUGUAGACGGUGCCUAUCAUACUGCAGUAACUUUUCGUUUCGUCUGCUUUCGACCGGCAAUUGGUGAGGUUCUCUUGGGUACGGUAAAGUCAUGCUCGAAAAGCGGAAUUCGUGUGUCGUUGAAUUUUUUCGACGAGGUUUAUAUCCCAGUGGACAAAUUACGCCAUCCUUCGAAAUUUCCUGAGUUCCACGUACCAAACUCUCUGUUUCGUUCCAGUGAUUAUGAACAAAGUUCGUGGAUAUGGGAAUAUGAUUACGAAGGGGAGACGGCAGAAUUACGGAUAGAUAAGAACGACACAAUCCGUUUUCGAGUGGUUGAAGAAAUCUGGCAAGAUCCAAAUCCAGAUGGACCUAAAACACUUCCCGGCGCUACCCAAGAUCCUUCCGAAGUCGCAGAUUCCCUAAACGAAGACCAGUUUUCCCACAAUGUCGCCUACACAAUAAUCCGGCGGUGCACUGAAAGAACAUCACUGCUGAGAGGACUUUUUUACGACAUUAGUGUCAUUGUUGACAUCGCCGUCAUGUAUGUGGAGUUUAGAAGCUCUCUCGGUUAUUCAGAUUUCCUGACGGUUACUGAAAGGCACCCAUGUGCGGUACAACCUGACCGACUGUAUAGUCGGUUUCCAACUGCUACUUUGUAUUA